AUGGACGGAUCAACUUCGUUCGACGAUUCUGUCGUGAGGCGAUCCGAACGAGGAUCAGAAGUUGACCCUGUACUCAUCAAGGCCGGCACAUGCUUCGUCAUAAAUGCUCGUCGAUACCUCCGUGCAGCUGUGACCACGGGGAUAGAUCAACUUUCUCCAGUCUCCGAGUCUCUAUUCGUCAGAAGAACAAGGAUAUGUGCACGACCGCGAAAACGGAUCAACUUCGUUCGACGAUUACGUCGAGAGGCGAUCCGAACGGGGAUCAGAAGUCGAUGCCGACUAAGCAGCUUUUCGACAUGCUCGCGUACCUGUGAGUCGCUGCAGCUUCUCGUCUACAGGUGGGAUAUGUGGAGGGCCACCUUGGAAUCAACGAAGGCCGGGACUUGUUCGCCGCGUAACUGUCUCGGUGUUCGUCGGACGUCGCUCAGACAUCGAGUGUCAAAUCGAGGAUCGCCACCUUCCAGAAAGAUGGAAUCGAAGAAAAAUGCUCCCCCGGUGGAUGAAGCGGCGUACUUGCGGUCCCUAAAGCAUGCGGUUUAUGGUCAAGAUGACGGUCGACAGUGGCGGGAGGUGCAGGGAGUCGUCGGACGAAGCCGUCUAUGUGAUCUUUAA